UCAUAUCGACUCUUGCUCUGCCACGAUGGUUGCAACGGUUCAACAAAAAGCUCCUUUUUUCACUGCCCAGGCUGUUGUCAAUGGUGCAUUCAAAGAAGUCACUCUCGAUCAGUACAAGGGAAAAUACCUUGUUUUAUUCUUCUAUCCUCUUGACUUCACAUUUGUGUGUCCGACGGAAAUCAUUGCUUUCAGUGAUCGCAUUGAAGAGUUUAAAAAGAUUGGUGUUGAGGUUGUUGCUGCUUCUGUCGACUCUCAAUUUUCUCAUCUUGCAUGGACCAAGCAACCCCGUUUAGAAGGCGGCCUUGGCGAUAUGAAGAUUCCCAUUAUUGCUGAUAUCACCAAGACUAUUUCCCGCGAUUACGGUGUUUUGGUUGAAAGUGGAUCUGAUGCUGGUGUUGCUCUUCGUGGUACAUUCAUCAUUGAUCCACAUCAGAUUGUGCGUGUUGUGCAAAUCAACGAUCUUCCUAUUGGUCGCAGUGUCGAUGAAGUUCUCCGUUUGAUUGAUGCUCUCCAGUUCCAUGAAAAGCAUGGAGAUGUUUGCCCCGUUGGAUGGAAAAAAGGAUCUCACUCGAUGAAAGCCGAUCCCAUCGGCUCCAAAGCCUACUUUGAAAAGGAAUUUUCUCAGAGUGCUGGCAAACGAAAGAACAACGCAGACUCGACGUCACCAACAAAGCCAGUUAAAAAGGCACAUCAGUGAUGAAUAAAAGCUUCGAGUGAAUU